AUGCCUUUCUUCCUGAAGCCAGAGUCGGGAUCAGGUGCGUCGGACCUGCUGGACGAACGACUUCGAAGUUUGACGCUCCAGCUCAAAGCAUCGGAGGAAGCAUGCCAGGCCUUGCUCCCCAGCGUGGAGGCUUUCAUCAAAGGAACCAGACAGAUGUGUCGCGGUGCUGGGGACGCCGCAAGUGCUUUCGGAGCUGUCCUUGAACUUGAUUCGGACAGGACGGCGGGAGGAACCGGCCCUUUGAAGCAGCUCCCGGCGGCGGCGGCGGCGGCAGCAGGGACGGACUCACGAUCGUCGCUGGCCCAUGGCCAUCAUGGUGAUGGUGGUGGGGACGGGCUGGAAGCCACGGAGGGUGCCGAAGGAAAAGGCGGAGCGAAGCCGGAGGCUAGUGGUGGAAGGGACGGGCCAGCGUCAACCGCGGGUAGGAGAGCAAGCGGGGAGUCGAUGCGAGCGAAGCUUCUGGCGCUGCAGCUGACUGAAUGCGCCAACGAGAUGGAGGAGCACCUGAGGGUGCAGGUUGUGAAGCCUGUUGCACGGGUGUUGGAAGGUCGCAACGACGUGCAGGCCGUCCUCCGCGAACGAUUGCUCAUCGCUGAUAGACUUGCUGAGGCUCACAGCGACUACGCCAAGUCCGUUUCACGGUACCAAUCUUCCAUUUUCGACAACGUCAGUGGAGGGCCGCCACCGGAGGUCGUGGUGUUGGGGGAUAGAGUGGUGGGGGCUUCGGACGCGUUUGCGGAGGCGCAUGGCCGGGCGGAGGAGGUGCUGACAAAGAGGUUGGCAGAAAGAGGGCGGUGUCUGCGAGAGGCCGCGUCUUCGCUCAAGGCAGCGCAAGCGGGUUUCUUCGUGCGGGCGAGCCGUUGCGUUUCUUCGUCGGUGGUGUGGGAAUCACCCGAUGAUGUUCUGUCACGGGCGACGGGCGACCUUCAGAACACUACCCGCUCAACUGCAGAAGACACCAGGAAACCACCUGCGGCUAGCCAUGUAGCGAAGCCCAAAGCGGUCGUGGUUUCCACCGAUGCAGCUUUUGAAGGUGGAAAGGAGGAGAGGGACGGGGGCGCGGCUGGCAGCCAAGCCAAGAGUGCGGUUUUUAGCACAGGGAUACAUGAUAGAGAUACAGUUAAGGGCAAGUGGAAAAAAGGCGGAGACUACGAUGGGCUUCGCAACGACUCCUCGAAGCGACGGCGCAACAGCGGGUGGUUUAAGCGCCUGGCCUCUUCGUUCCAGACAAACAGGCCGAGGUCCGCAAGCGAAGAGUUGCUGGAGGAGGAGCGGAUGCCGUCGCCGUUCAACGAUAACGCAGACGAGUACGACAGCGGUGGUGACGACGACAAGAAGCUUUGUCUCCGGUCGAUCCCGCGGGCAACGGCAUCAUCCUCGGCGAAAAGCCCCAAAGGGAAGCUGUUGUUUGGAGGAGAGGACUUUUGGGACGGGAAUUCAUCGCUGCGAAACGGCAACACUGCAGAGUUAGCGACGGAGGCGGCGGCAACCUCGAGCCCAGAUGCGGGGAGUGACGCCUCGGCAACAGGCGCCGUUGCCGACAGCGACAGCGGCGGCGGCGGCGGCGGCGGCAGCGGUGUAGAGCCACAGGUGGAGACAGAGGGAGAAGAUACGGACUACGAGACUGGGAGUAACACCACCGAAGGCUUCGGGUCCGACGAUGCAGGCGACCUGUGGGACGGGAGAAGGUCGACGUUGAUGGCACCAUUGGACCGAACUUCGUUCAUGCCCAACGACAACGGGCACAAGAGCGAAGAGGAGGAGGAGUGGCACGUGCCACCGGAAGAAGAGAGCAAUGGUGACGAGCCUGAGGGCGGAGACAGUUGCGGUAAGGGUGCGGCGGGCUCGCCGAGUGGUGCGGAGGAAGAGGAAGGCGUAGAGCUGAUGCCUGGAGCCCACCCGGAAGUGGGGGUCGCAGAGACGUCGAAGGAAGAGGGCGGGGCUUCGAGAAGCGGGAUUAUUUCGCCAGCUUCCGAUGUUGACGGCACGGUUCCGCCUGCUGCGGAGAACGACGGUGCGCCAGAAAGUGCUCGCAGCGUGAAAGGCGGUCGGGACCGCGUCGACGAGGAGCGCGAUGGCGGCCGGGGAGGGGGGCUUGUCAAGGACAGCGGUGACAGCGUUGCUGAAGGAGCUAAAGCCGAAGACAUCAGCAGCCCCGUGCCGACCCGAAGAUCGCCCUACUUGGUCCACUGCUCUCCUUCGCGGGCACCUCCAUCCAUCCUGCCAGUUUUGCCGGAGCCGGGCCCGAAAGAGGACGGGGUGGAGGACCCUUUGCCGCCGGUGGCCAUCGAGCAGCGCAGGACUCCGUCGCCGCUCUGCAAGAUCACUGCUUCUCCGGCGAUUUCGGACGGCAGCAGCUGCAAAGAGUCCCCGCGAGCGUGGAGGCUGAGCUGGUGGGCUAAAGCGAGUGACAGACAUCCCCUGCCCCCGCCGAACGACGACGGGGACAACGAAGAAGCCGGCGGUGGCACUGGGACGUCCUUCGCCACCGCCUUGGCUGCCGCCGCCGGCGGGGAGGAGGCCGCCGCCGCGGCACUGUCAGCCGGCGGUGCUUUUGCGCCGUCGCGCAACGCCGGCGAUGCACCAGCCGUCAUGGACGGCGGGGAAAAGAAGGCGUCCCUUGAGGAAGCCCUCAAGAGCGCGGCGACCGAGACCGUGGCGGACGCUGCGAGCGAGAGACGGUCGAGGAGGCGGUGGACGCAGCGGCGCCGCGAGAAGCCGUGGUUGUCGAAGGACAAGCUGGCCGACCCCCAGACGAGGGCGCUAGAGGCGGCCUCGGAGUACCUAGACGUGGUGGCGUUGGCGAAGGCGGUCGUGGUCUGCCGUGCUUGGAGGGAGCCGCUCGCCGGGGAGGAGGGGAGGCAACGGUGGAUGCGCUGCGUCAGGUUGGCGGACGGCGUGCCGGAGAACCGGAGGGCGAUGUUUUACCUGCACAUCUUGUAUGACCAGCCCUGUUGGGUGCAGAAGGCGCACGGAUCGAAGUCUUCGGAGCGCCCUCGCCCAGGCGUGUACCAGGAGUGCCUGGAGAAGGCAGAAGCAGACCAGGAGGAGACGGUGGCCGCGAAAGAGAUGCAACGGAUUCUAGAAGAGGAAGAAAGAAACGGCCGUGCCUCACCGUCAGCAGGAGCACGCGCGGCAGCCCUCUUCCGAGACUCGGGAGGCCUUCGGGCAGUGGCGGGGGGCUGUGACGGCGACGGCGACACGCCAGCGCCUCCCCCGAGAUGUCACAAGUGGCUCGAAGAGAUCGAGACGGACGUUCUGCGGACGUGUCCUGGCGAUGAUGCCGCAGGCGAGGAUGCGGUGAACGAGUUCGACAGCGUGCUUUCCAAGAACACCGCUGCGGCGGCUGCGUCAGAUGGUGGAGAGAUCGGCGACACCGGUACUCCUCCCGCCAACGAGUCGAGCCGUGUCCGCUUCUCGGUGAGUUUUUCGUCGUUCGGCAGCAGCAACAGCAGCAGCACCGUGAAAGCGGUGGCCAACAGAAGCAGUGGUGCCGUUGCCGAGGACCUUGGAAGUGAUGGGAGGAGAUCGUCGACAGCACCAGUUCAAGGUCGAGACUCGGCACCGACAGAAGGCGAGGAGGUGGUAGCGGGGGGGCGGGGUGGAAGCGGAGCGAUUGUAAGGAACAAGUUCAGUGCAACCGGCGGCGGGAUGCGGGAUAAGCUGCGGAGAGUUCUGCGAGCGUUUGCGGUGUACAACCGCCGGGUUUCGUAUUGCCAGGGCAUGAAUUUCGUGGCGCUUGCGCUGCUUGAAGCUUGCGAAGGGGACGAUGAGAACGCCUUCUGGAUUCUGGCGGGGAUGUGCGAAAACCUGGAGUUGGGGGGGUUGUGGUGCCAGGGGCUAGAGAGGCUCGAUCUGUGCUUUUUCUCGCUGGAAAGGCUGUUGCGGCGACACUGCCCUUCGUUAAGGCAGCACCUUUCCGACGAAGGCGUCGAGCUGAGCAUGUUCACCAGCCGCUGGUUCGUGACUUUGUUCACGUCUACGGAUGUCUUCGGACGCGGCACCUCUCGGAAGAUCCUCGACAUGUUCCUGGUGGAGGGAUGGCCUCUGCUGUUCAAGAUGUCCCUUGGGGUGCUCUUGGAAAUGCGACCUCUGCUCGAGCCCGCCGACAUGGAAGGCAUCCUGAAGGUCACCAAGUUCCCGCGAGCACACCUGUUCGGGCUGAGGCGAGACGGCUCGGGCAGGCACAUCGCGGGAGCGUCGUUUGAAGAGGCGACCCAGGGGUCCUUGUGCGAAUCCAUCCGGGCUGGGCAGAUGGUCGAGCAUGCGCUUUUGUUGCACAUUUCUGGGGAGACGUUGGAGCAACACCAGCGGGAGUACCGUCUUCAAAAGCACGCUGCGCCAGGAUCGGACUGA